AUGUCCGCUACUACUCAAACUUACCUAAACGCUAUUUCUAACCGUAGAACUAUCUACAACUUGACCGAUGCUUUACCACAAAACGUCAGUGUUUCCGACAUCCAAACGGUCGUUCAAUCCAUCAUAAAGAACACUCCAACUGCUCUAAACUCUCAAGAAAACAGAGCCAUUAUCGUCACUGGUAACACCCACAAAAAGAUCUGGGAUGCUGUGAUCAAUGCCAUCCCAGGUGAGAAUGGUAAGAAGAGACCAACCUCUGCCAGAGAUGAAGCCUACGGUUGUGUUAUUUUCUUCACUGAACAAAACACCAUCAAGAAGUUCCAAAAAGACUAUCCAGCUGCCGCUUCUGCAUUCCCUGUUGCUGCUUCUGCCACCACUGGUGCAGUACAAAUCAACUCUUGGACCGCUUUGGAAACUAUGGGUCUAGGUUGUCAUUUACAACAUUACAACGAUGCUGUUAGAGCUGCUCUAGGUGAUAUGGUUCCAGAAUCCUGGACCGUGAACUCUCAAUUGUGUUUCGGUACACAAGUUAUCGCAGCUGGUGAGAAGACCUUCAUUGACAACCCAGUCAACAUCUACAACUAA